UGACCUGUUUUCCGGAGAGCGCCGAUGGAGCUGAAAGCCGGCGAGGCGGGUAGCUCGCAAAGGAGGUGUGGAAACCGGACCGACUAGCAGGCGCUCCCUCGCUCGAUCCUACCUGUGUACCAGCAACAUCACCCUCAACAUUCCGACCGCUCAAACAUGAACAGGUACCGUGUAAAGCUUUCCAGGUGCCUCAUCUUCAGUUCAGAGGUGCUGGGAUUCAUCGAGAAGUGCAUGGUGGCCGUGGGUACCCAGCCCAGUCACGCAGCCACCUUGGCAGAUGUUCUGGUGGAGGGAGACCGGCGGGGCCACUACAGUCAUGGACUCAAUCGCAUGGAUAUGUACGUUAAAGACAUCCAGACAGACAUUUGUGCUAAGGAGGGCACUCCCACAAUUGACAAGGAGACCGUGGCUACAGCGCUGGUGAAUGGGAGGAACCUGCUUGGACCUGUUGUGGGCAACUUCUGCAUGAAUCUGGCCAUUCAGAAGGCCAGGGACGCCGGCAUUGGCUGGGUGGUAGCUUAUGGCUCCAACCACUUUGGUAUCGCCGGUUAUUACUCCAUGCAGGCGCUGAAGGAGGACAUGAUCGGGAUGAGUUACACCAACACAUCUCCUCUUGUGGUGCCAACAAGGGCGAAAAAGUGCACGCUGGGUACCAAUCCCAUUAGCGUGGUCGCUCCAGCUAACAAUGGCGACAGCUUUGCGUUGGACAUGGCUACAUCUGCAGUGGCCCUGGGGAAGGUGGAGCUCCAUAAUCGCCGUGGCGACACCAUCCCAGAGGGCUGGGGCUGUGACUCUGAGGGCCGGCUGAGCACCGACCCGGCCAAGGUGCUGAGAGGGGGUGGCCUGGUGCCCAUAGGCGGGAGUGAGACCACAGGCGGGUACAAAGGGUUUGGUCUGGGCAUGAUGGUGGAGGUUUUCUGCGGCAUACUGGCCGGCUCCCAGUACAGCAAGCAUAUACGCACCUGGAGGGACACAGACCGUGUGGCUAACCUGGGCCAGUGUUUUGUAGCUAUUAACCCGGCUUGCUUUGCACCAGGAUUUAAAGACAGAAUGUCCGACCUGCUCUCUCUACACAGGAAUCUGGACGCAUCUGAACCAGGCGCUCCAGUACUUAUCCCGGGGGACCCAGAAAGGUCCAACAUCCAGAACUGCAGGAUCCUUGGCGGAAUCCCCUAUGACAUAGAAGUAGUCAAUCAUAUGAACAACUUUGCCAAGAACUUUGGCAUCGAGCCCCUGUUGCCAGUCAAUAGGCCGGUGCCAGAGCAGACCCCACUGCACUACGACAAUCCACUGGAAGCCAGAGGAAGAGUUUAAUUAUUUCCCUUUUUUUUGCUAAAAAAUUCUAAUCUUUUUAAAUCUGUUUGUUGGAUUUGUCUAAGGUGACAGAUAUCAAAGCAGAGCUGGGUUAUAACAAUCCUUCCAGAAAACCAAAUAAAAACAAUUAAUACUUAA